UGUGAAUCUAUAAAGAUUGAAUUAAAAAUUUAAAUGAUUAUAAAAAUGAUAUAAAAUACACGUUUUACGUGAGAUUUUUAGUUGAUUUUGUGAAAUAAUACAAAUUGCCGACCGUUUUAAGAUGAAUUUGGUGACAAUAUUUCUUGUUUUGCUCACAGUACGUUUGUUUUCCGUAUUUGUGGUUCAAACCUUCUAUGUCCCCGAUGAAUAUUGGCAAAGCUUGGAAGUGGCUCAUAAAAUAGCUUUUGGCUAUGGUUACUUGACAUGGGAAUGGAAACAGGGAAUUCGUAAUUAUAUAUAUCCUUUAGCUAUUUCUAGCAUAUUUAAAAUUUUGGCUUUACUUAAUUUGGAUACCGUAUAUACACUGGUGUUAACGCCCCGCGUUUUCCAAGCUAUAUUAUCAACUUAUUCCGACUAUAGGUUUUUUAUAUGGUCCGGGAAGAAAAAAUGGGCUUUAUUUUGCAUAGUCGUAUCUUGGUUUUGGUUUUAUAUGGCCUCCCGCACACUCUCUAAUACGUUAGAGAUUUCUUUAACCAACAUAGCGUUAAGUUAUUAUCCAUGGCAGGGUGAGGGUAUUCUCUACUUUGGUCCGGCUGCUUUGUGUUGUUUUCUCAGACCAACAAGUGUGAUUUUGUGGUUACCUUUGGUAUUUUAUCACAUAAAAAAAUCAAAGUUAUCUUUGACGCAAUUAAUUUUUAAGCGUUUUAUAAUAAUUGGUGCGGUUACAUGUGUUAUAUGCAUUAGUAUUGAUUCCUUAAUGCACGGUCAGCUACUGAUAACUCCUUACGAAUUUCUGAAAUAUAACAUUUAUUAUAAUGUUGGUAGCUUUUAUGGUUCACACGCUUGGCAUUGGUACUUUACAAUAGGCUUGCCUACCGUAUUAGGUAUUAGUUUCGUACCAUUCUUGUUUGGUGUAAUUGAAACUAUAAGGCAUCGAAAAACGUAUCCCACACGUAAGGUUCUGCUAAUAACUAUAUUUAUAGUUAUGUUGGUUUUAAGUGCAGUAGAACAUAAGGAAUUCCGUUUUGUUGGCGUGUUACUGCCAUUAUGUCUUUAUAUAACUGCAGAUACAUUAACUAAAUGGAGUUAUAAUGCGUCAAAGGUGUCACUAUGGUGCGCAGCUUUGCUUUUAAUUAUUGGUAAUGCCGUUCCCGCCUUCUACUUGAGCACAGUACAUCAACGCGGACCCCUCGAAGUAAUGAAUAAAUUGCAAAACAUUGCUUAUAAAUAUCGUGACGAGCACAAAAAUCCCGCCAGGAUCCUUUUUUUAAUGCCCUGCCAUUCUACACCAUAUUAUAGUCACAUUCAUCGAAACAUUACAAUGCGCUUCCUUACUUGCGAACCAAAUUUGAAACAAAAAGUCAAUUAUAAAGAUGAAGCUGACCAGUUUUAUGAUUCGCCGAUGCACUGGCUACGUUCGCAUGUACCGUCUUAUCCACCGACUGUCAAACCAACACAUGUCGUGCUUUAUGAACCUCUGGCUACGCAAAUUAAGGAGUUUCUAGUCGGUUAUAAACGGCUAUACAUUGUGGUGAAUGCAGAGUACACCCAAGCACGAACUGGUAAAAACAUAUUAGUAUAUCAACGUCUGCGCGGAGAUGAACAAAAUGUAUACAAUCGCGAAGAAUAUAAAGAAGAGCAACAAUUUAAGCAGCUGAGUGACCUAAAAGAGCAUAAAAACGAAGAUAAUCUUAUUGAUGGCGAAGAUGAAUUUGGAGUAGAUGGGAAUAUGUUUAAUUAAUUUAUUUAGAGAAAAAUGGGCUCAAAACCAAAAGAGUCUUAAAAAAUUAU